AUGCUUUGCGCUACUUGCAUGUCAAUGUUUCAGCGCCGUGCCACCAGCGGAGACCAUCAUCAAACCAGCGAAAACCUUGAUCGUGCCGCAACAAAUGGCUGUCGGAUUUGUAAUUGCCUCCGCGGAGAGCAUAUCCUCGAGCACUGGAGCCCAUUGAAAUACAGCUUCUCCUUCGAUAACGCCUGGGAGUCGCAUGGAGAAAUCCAGUUCUACCGGAACGAGGAGUCAGGUCACCACAAGAACCAAAAUUGGAAAGUCUUUCUACAGCUUUCAAAAUCAACCAGCAUUCCACCAGGCUACCAAGAUUUCCUUAGCUCAGUAAGCAGCGACCUUACUCUGGACCCCUCGAGAGUGCGUCCGGACUUCCCCCCACUGCGCGAUAUACCAGACAAUACAGGUCACAAAGACGUGUUGAGAUUAGCCAAGGGAUGGCUCGACCAGUGCCAAAAUGAGGAUGGCUGCCAUGUCAAAUUCAGUGCCACUACCAAAUGGUGGCGCCCUGGGCGACUCAUUGACGUUGGAAGCGAAACCCGGUCUCCAAGACUAGCGAUAUCGGGCCAAGAUACUAUAGAUGGGAAUUAUGCUGCGUUGAGUCAUUGUUGGGGCGAGAAUCCAGACUUUCUCAUGCUGUCAUGCGAUAACCUGGAUGAAUUUCGAAAGGAAAUUAAGAUUUCUGAAUUACCUGCCAGCUUCAGAGACGCUAUCAUUACCUGUCGGCAUUUGGAAAUCCCCUAUAUAUGGAUUGACUCGUUAUGUAUCCUGCAGAGCGGGUCGACAUCGAAAGAAGACUGGCUUUAUCACUCGGAGGAAAUGCAUCGGAUUUACGAACACUGCCUACUCAACAUCUCGAUUGACGUUUCUUCGAAUCCUCAUCAAGGUGCUUUUCGGACAAGAAAUACAUUAUACUUACAGGGCUGCUAUUUAUGGACACCAUUUCCCUUGUUUCCCAAAUCGGUCGACUCUCCGCCAGCUUCACACCGUGGCUUCUUUAUUGGGGAAGAUGAAGACUUAAAAGUGUCAGAACUGGAUGUUGAGCACACUGGAGAAACGGAUGACACUUUGGAUCCGACAGCCCCACAGAAUCUUUGCGUAAUAUUCACACGAGAAGAUUUCUACCAUGCGAGACUUCACUUGCCCAUCAACGAAAGAGCAUGGGUUUUCCAAGAGAGGCUACUGUCGCCCAGAACACUCUAUUUUUCUACCGAUCGAAUUGCAUGGGAAUGUGAGUGUAAGGAUUCGCGAAUAAAUAGGAGAUCAAAGACUAUCAAUGAGUACCUUCCCGAUGGCUUGUUUGACAGUAUAACUGGUACUUUCGAUUGUUUAUAUCAAGAGGACUACAGCAUCCCAUAUGUUUCCACAGCAACAAGAUAUUACGAUCUCGUCAUAUCUUAUACAACUCGACAGCUGACGUUUCCCGACAAGGACAAGCUAGUCGCAUUCGCAUCCGUCGCGCGACGCUGCACCUCUGGGCUAGGCAACGACUAUUGCGCUGGCAUAUUCCGAAGUAUCAUGCCUAUUGGUCUCCUAUGGCAAGCAACCUGGGAAGGAUGCGUCAGAAGGCCCGCUGCGUAUCGCGCGCCUUCAUGGAGCUGGGCCAGCGUGGACAGUCGAGUUUUCUACGGAUUGUUGUAUGACGGCGGCGUCACCUUUGCCCAAAUCCAGGACGUGGCAGUGGAGCUAGUUGAUGAACAUAACCGCUUCGGACAGGUCAAAUCGGCUUCUCUGACUAUAACAGGGCCACUGAUAGCAUCGAAGUCAAUAUCUCCUGAUCAACUUGGGGAAGUAACGUUUGAGCUUCCUGUCAAUUUCCAGACUCUGCCGGAAUCCAAGGAAGAGAUGAAUGAGAUACUCUCGAAAGAUGAUGUGUUCUUAUUCGCAAUCUUGGGUGAUUCUGAACAUCAGAUGGGCAAACUCACGCUUGGGAUAGUACUCCAAAUCAAUGCUAAUGGCUAUUACCAUCGGAUUGGGUUAUGGGAAGCCAAGGAAGGGUUCAUGUCUCAAAAGGGCAUUGAUAGCACCUCUUUUGAAAGUAAAACAAUAACAAUUCUCUAG